AUGCACUUCAAUGGCUCCAAGAUGUGCCUCGGCUUGGGGGCCAGCAUCGUGCUGUCCUCCCCGAAGGGCGACCGGCUUUGGUACGUGCUCCAGAUCCACUUCGCCUCCUCCAACAAUGUCGCCGAGUACAAAGCCCUUGUGCAUGGCCUCUGGCUCGCCAAGGAACUCGAAAACGAGGCCAUCGACACGCUCGCCAAGAUCGCCUCAUCCCGGCAGUCCGUCCCGUCCGGCGUCUCCCUCGAGCACCUGCAUAAGCCGUCCGUCAGGCCGUCCCGGGACUCCGAGGCCAUCUUCGUCCCGGAGAUCCUGGCCGCACCUCAACCCGCCAUCAACCUGGUCCCCGUCGUCCUUGACCCAGCCGCCGCCGUCCCCGACCCGGGGGCUGUUGCCUACGGCUCGGAGGCUGCCGCCCCGGAACCCGCCUUGGUGGCCGUCUUCACCAUAGUAAUGGCUCCACCAUGGGCCCUGCCCAUAUCAGAGUUCCUGGAGAACGGGGUUCUCCCCAUGGACGAGACCAAGGCCCGACAAGUGCAGCGUUGGGCGUCCGCCUACAACAUCAUCAACAAUGAGCUCGUCAAGCGCAACUCCACCGGCGUGUUUCAGCGCUGCGUCGAACAAGACAAGGGCAUUGAGAUCCUCCUCGACAUACACCAGGACACCAAGUUGCUUGUCCUCAAGUGUGAGGGAUGCCAGCGCUUCAGCAAGCGCAGCCACGAGCCGGCCUCAGCACUCUGGACCAUCCCGAUCGCCUGA